AUGCGAGGUAAUAAUGUCUUCCUCGGCCUCUGGCUUACAAUGGCUAGUCUCUCUAGAGCAAUUCAUAACCCGAUCAUAUCAGGGUGGAAUCCCGAUCCCUCCAUCCUUCGGGUUCAAGAUGAUUACUAUAUCGCUACAUCCAGCUUUGAGUAUUUCCCUGGAAUACCCAUUUACAAAAGUCGUGAUUUGUCGAACUGGACGCUGAUAUCACACGCUUUUGCACAACCCGACCAACUUCAGCUCUAUGGCACACCUACAGGAGCAGGCGCUUGGGCACCUUCACUGGCACAUUUUGACGGAAGAUUCUGGAUUGCUUCCAUGACGCGUUGGACAUACGAUCCAGUCGCCAGAGUAUGGCCGCGCGUAUUCUUUGCAUCGUCUGUCGACUUGAUUCAUUGGUCCGAGCUUACUUGGGCUGAUCCGUGGGGAAUUGAUCCAGAACUGUUCAGAGACCCCCUCUCUAGAAAGACAUACCUGAAUCUCAUGGCACCAAAUAACAACCAGGACCGACUUUGGGGCAUUUACCAAUGCGAGAUCAGCCUUCAAGAUGGUAGUUGUGGAACUGAUGAUCAGCACCGCUCGACUAUCGCCAGGAGCCGGUCAGCGGAAGGCCCCUUUGAGGCCGGGCCAAACAACCCUCUUCUAUUCAACGGGGCGUAUGGCUUCGAUAAUUUGACUGUACAGUCUACAGGACAUGCUACAAUGGUGGAUACGCCAUCGGGUGAAUGGUAUGCAGCUUUCUUGGCUCGAAGGAAGAUUAAUGGAAGCUCUCCGUUGGGUCGAGAAACUUUUCUCACGAGUGUCACCUGGAAAGACGGAUGGCCAAUAUUCAACGAUGGGAAUCCGAUUCUCCUGAGCAAAGAGGUCGGGCCGGUGACUGGCAAACGCCGCAUUCCGGAUCCAUUCGUCGAAGACUUUUCUCGCCAGAAGAUGGAUCCAGGGUGGUACCAAUUGAGAACUCCGUAUACUAAGAACUUUAAUGUGCGCAGAGGUAGUCUCGAGCUGAGACCGAAUGUGUUCAGCUUGAGCGACAGAGACACACCUGCAGCCCUCCUCCGAAAGCAGAAAUCCCUCAACAUGACGUUUUCAGCAGAGCUAUUGGGUUUCAGUGGGACGCUGGGGCCGAGAAAUCAAGUCGGAAUCUCUUCGUAUCUCUCCGAGUUUCAGCAUCAGGACAUUGGAGUUACCGCAUGCGCGAAUGCUACUGGCCUGUGCCUUUAUACGGAGCUUCGGCAGAAUCAGACACUACAGUAUCAUCAAGUUCCCCUCAACACCUCAAGCUUGAAAGAGCCACUCAUGUUGCACAUACGCGCCACUCCGCUCCGUUACCAAUUUGGUUACAGUUUAGGCAAUGCUGUUCAGCCAAAAUACAUAACUGAGAUUGACUCAUCAUGGCAGGCAUUCGCUCCGGCAAACUUUUUUGUCUUCUCGGGCGCUUCAUUUGCCAUCUUUGCAACGGGACUUGGAGAACCUUGGCCUCGCGAUGGGCCGGUCGUCGGGUUCAAGCAAGUCACUGAGACAUAUUACGAGGAGAAUAUCCCGGACUACGAUGUCUGGGAUAAAGAGUAA